UAGCUCCACAGAGUAAAUAUUUGAGGUUAUGGAUUAACCAGCCUGCAGUAGCUCUCAUGGCAGAAGACUAGAUAGCUGGGAUUCAUCCUGGGUGUCACCUCCUGCACUAUGUGGAGAUUCAUGACCUUUUCCUGGACAUUGUUGGUUGCCUGCUCUUUCUGUCUACUUGAGGCCUCAGUGUUUUACAGCCGUGAAGAUGCAAACAAAGUCCUGAAAAUCCAGAAGCGAGAAAACUCUUUUCUGGAGGAGCUCAAGGCAGGCUCUUUGGAGCGAGAAUGUAAUGAAGAAUCAUGUGACCUGGAAGAAGCAAUGGAGAUAUUUGAAAGCAGGGAAGCAACACUAAGUUUCUGGACCAAAUAUAUUGAUGGAGAUCAGUGUGAAAAACAACCUUGCAACAAUGGAACCUGUCUGGAUGCUAUUGGAGGGUUCAACUGCAUUUGUAACAGAGGCUGGGAGGGACUUCUAUGCCAGCAUGAGGUUCUAUACACCAACUGCUCCAUUUGUAAUGGAGGAUGUGAUCAUUACUGUAAGGAGGAUCCUGGCAACCAGCGCCGCUAUUGCAGCUGUGCUUUGGGAUAUAAGCUAAUGGAGGACUAUUCUCGGUGUUUGCCUGAUGUGGAGUUCCCUUGUGGAAAGGUGAAAGUAAAUGUGGAAUCCAAAAAAGAUAUCCAUAUUCGACUCAUUAAUGGGAAAAUUGGAAGGAAAGGAGAUAGCCCCUGGCAGGUUAUGUUGUCAGAUGGCAGGGGGAAAUUUAAGUGCGGGGGAGUCCUUAUCCAUACAGCCUGGGUCCUAACAGCAGCACAUUGUGUUGAGGAUGACAGGAGGUACAAAGUAAAACUCGGUAAAUAUCACCGUCUGAGGGAUGAGGAAACAGAGCAAAUAAUUUUGGUUGACAAGGUAGUGAUACAUGAAAACUAUACCAAGGCUGACUCUGAUAAUGAUAUAGCCAUGCUGCACCUAGCUAAACCCAUGGUCUUUAACAAAAACGCACUACCUAUUUGUCUUCCUACGAAGGAACUGGCAGAGCAGGAGCUGACCAGAAGUGGGAAGAAGAUGGUGGUGACUGGCUGGGGCAGCAAAACUGAAAAGACCAUGAAUUUUUCUAAUGUUCUCAAUUACAUUGAAAUCCCCUUGGUUCCACGUAAUGAGUGUGUCCAAGUUAUGCGACAUGAUAUCUCAGAGAACAUGCUGUGUGCAGGGAUCAUUGGAGACCAGCAGGAUGCCUGUGGUGGGGACAGUGGAGGUCCCAUGAUCACAACGUUCAAGAACACCUCAUUCCUAGUGGGACUGGUGAGCUGGGGAGAAGGCUGUGGGAAAUCAGAGAAGUUUGGAGUCUACACCAAAGUCAGCCAGUACCUUCAGUGGAUCCAAAGGCAAAUGAAAGCAUCAGAAAAUACAUCUAACAACUGAUUCUUAUUAAGAUGAAUCUGGACUGCGUGGGUCAAGUGCCAGCGACGGCACACAAAGCAAUGUACUGUUGUGUCUUCUGGAAUUACAUCUAUAAUGUAUAAAGCAAGAAUAUUUCA